GGCAGUUUACCGAAGUCCGAAGUGCCAGUGAGAGUGAGACAGAAACAAAGUUGACAUUAUAAUUGCUCAUGCAAUACCAAAGGAUCAUCGAGAUGAAAAUAACUGCAGUCAUUGUACUUCUACUUGAAAUAUCACAGUACUUUGCUCAGUUAGAUGGAACCUUUUUGAUCAACAAUGCACAUAAGAACAGAUGCCUGGAAGAUUUUCAAGACCUGGUCAUGUGUAACCCCUUAAGCACAAGACAACAGUUCCACUGGACUUCAGAGAAUCGCAUCUUCAAUGUUGCCCAGAAAAAAUGCCUUGGCACAGGAAGCAAGACUGAAGGCAAUAAACUGCAGUGGUACAUCUGUGAUGCCAACAGUGACCUUCAAAAAUGGGAGUGCAAUGACAACUUACAGUUUGGCCUGAAGAAUGAGUCUCUCUACUUGUCUGUUCAGAAAGAUACUAAUCUGCUCACACUGUCCAAAGAUCCAGGGGAGGAAGGGAAGUGGACAAUUCAUGGAACAAUGGACAGCAUCUGCUCACGGCCAUAUGAAGAAUUAUACACACUUGGUGGAAAUGCCUUUGGACGCCCAUGUCAUUUCCCAUUCAGUUAUAAAGAUCAGUGGUACACAAAUUGUACAACAGAAGACUCCAGUUAUCUAUGGUGUGCAACUGACAGUGAAUAUGAUGUUAAUCAGCUCUGGGGUUAUUGUCCAACAGAUCAAAUGGAGUACUGGAGUAAGAACCCCCUGACAGGUGUCUAUUACCAGGCGAAUGAAGAUUCUGCACUGACUUGGUAUCAGGCCAGGAAGAGCUGCCAGCAGCAGGGCGGAGACCUGCUGAGCAUCACUGAGCCCCAUGAACAAACCUUCAUAUCAGGAUUGUUGCAGAAAAGAGGUCUUCUCCUAUGGACAGGACUGAACUGUUUAGAUGUCUCAGGUGGAUGGCACUGGAUCAAUAGGCAACCUCUACGUUUUCUGACAUGGCUCAGUGGGCAACCAUCCUUUAAACCAGGGCACACCUGUGGAGUGAUAAAUCAGCAUUAUGAUUCUAAAUGGUCGACUGAUAUUUGUUCUGCAAGACAUGGAUAUAUAUGCCAAAAAGGUCUUGCCACUCCCACAGUUCCACCAGUGGUGCACACAGGUUAUUGCCAUAGUCCAUGGAUCCCUUACUCAGGCCACUGUUAUUUCCUCAAUCGCACAAAGAGAACGUGGCUGGAGGCGAGAGACGCCUGUCGACGUGAAGGUGGAGACCUGCUGAGCAUUCUGAACUCAGAGGAACAAAGUUUCGUCAUCUCACAACUUGGAUAUUUACAAACAGAUGAGCUGUGGAUUGGCUUUAAUGAUCUCAAGACUCCAAUGCUGUUUGAGUGGAGUGAUCACUCCUUUGUUCCAUUUGCCUGGUGGGGCAUGAAUGAACCGAGCCACAGUGCUGCUCUUAAAGAGGACUGUGUUUUAAUGAAAGGAGAGGAGGGCAAGUGGGCUGACCAAAUCUGUCAGCAGAAGUAUGGAUAUAUCUGUAAGAAAAAGACCAAUGUGAAUCCAUCUACUGAUGACACUGUUGUCACAAGUCCAGGCUGCAAACCUGGUUGGAUCAGGUACGGCUACUACUGUUACCUAGCCGGAGCAGAGAUUAAAUCCUUUGAAGAGGCCAAGCAGAUGUGUGAAAAAUCUGGAUCUUAUUUGAUUGACAUUACAAACAAGGUUGAAAACGCAUUCCUGGUCAGCCUGGUUGGGGCACGACCAGAGAAGCACUUCUGGAUCGGGUUGUCUAACCAAAGGGACCGACACACAUUUGCGUGGACUAACAACAACAAAGUUUUGUUCACUCACUUUAAUGCUGGAAUGCCAGGAGGGAGACAAGGUUGUGUUGCCAUGACUACAGGAGUGCUUGCUGGAUUAUGGGAUGUGCUUAGUUGUACUAAUAAAGAAAAGUAUAUCUGCAAGCAAAAGGCUGAGGGGAUGGUGACAACUCCAGCACCCCCAACAACGCUUGCUCCCAGCUGCAGUGAGGGCUGGUAUCCACUUACAAACAGAGACUACUGCUUUAAGAUAUUUGAGGUGAACUACAAAAAAGCAAAGACUUGGUCUGAGGCGCUUGACUUCUGCUUGGAAGUUGGGGGUGAUUUGCUGAGUAUUCACAGUGAUUCAGAUAUUCAAGAUGUUGCAUUGCCCCAAACACAUUCACUGUCGUCUUGGAUUGGAUACAGUAUCCAAGAUCCCACUGUUGGUUAUGUAUGGAGUGAUGGGUCUACUACGUCCUAUGAAAAAUGGGGAGAAGGUCAACCAGACAACUUUAACAAUAUGGAAAACUGUGUUGAACUUGCUUAUUACCAGUGGAAAAAGACAAUAGAAUGGAAUGACCGGCACUGUGAAGAAAGAAGGAAUUGGUUGUGUGAGAUUAAAAAAGGUGUGAUACCAAAGGAAGUAGACAUUACUAGUGAAAGGUAUAAUAGGACAGAUGAUGGCUGGAUUAUAUUUAAGGACUCUCAGUAUUACUUCCAUGACACUUCUCUUACUAUGGAAGAAGCAUGUAGGUUCUGUAAGCGUAGACUUGGUGACCUUGUGGUCAUUAAUGAUGAAGAGGAGAGAGUGUUUCUAUGGCAUCAGGCCUUAAAUAAACAUCAUAAUAUUUAUAUUGGUCUGAAUAUUAAUCGAGACAAAUCUUUUAUGUGGAUGGAUGGAUCACCUGUAGUAUUUCAGAUGUGGGCACCAAACCAACCAUCAUCUGAGAAUGAUGAGGAGCACUGUGUAAAAAUGUCUUGGUAUUCAGGCCUAUGGGAAAUGGAAUAUUGUGGAAAUAAACAAAGCUUUGUUUGUAAACGAAGUGGAUUAGUCCCAGUCAAUUCCACUGCUGCCCCCACUGAGCCACCCAUAGGUGGUUGUGCUCCUGACUGGGUGAAGUUUGAAGAAAAGUGUUACAAAAUUGGACUGGACCAGAAAACAUGGACUGAAGCCAGAUCUUAUUGUAGAAGUCAGGGAGGAGAUCUAGCUUCUAUUCAUAGUAGACUUCAUCAAGCUUUUCUUACCUCAAGGAUGAAUGACAACACCCUAAAUUUAUGGCUUGGCUUCAAUAAUUUGGCAGUCAGAAGAUUCAGAUGGACAGAUGGGAGUCCUGUUAGCUUCACAUACUGGGCCAAUCGAGAACCUGCAGGAGACAUGCAAUUUAUGGGUGAUUGGAGACAUUUCUCACUCAGCUUUAUGGAAACCUAUAAACCACCUCUUGCUUGUGUUGUAAUGGGAGCUGUGCAAAGUCCUGACCUAGGAAAGUGGGUGACAAAAGACUGCAAUGAUACCAAUGGUUUUAUUUGCAGUCGAACUGUAGAUCACGUUAUCAUGCCAAGCCCCACAGAGCUACCCAGGACUUUCAUCAAGCUCGGAAAUUCUUCUUACAUGGUCGUUCAAAGAAACCUGACCUGGAAGGAAGCAAAGCACCACUGUGAAGUAGAAGGAGCACAUCUGGCCAGCAUUCUGGAUAUGAUCACCCAGUCCUACAUUGAGCUGCAGACACAUAAACUUGGACAGCCCUUGUGGAUUGGCCUUAAUAGUGAUGAGACAGAAGGUUACUUCCGGUGGAUUGUUAACUUGCAUCUGACUAUGGAUAGAUGGGACCACAGUGAACCAAAGGGCAACCCUUGUGUUUAUGUGGAUGUAGAUGGAAAAUGGAAAACAUCCCACUGCAAUCAAACCUACUACAGCAUAUGCAAGAAAUCAGCAGACAUUGCCCAAAAUCCACUAAGUGAGUACCCAGGAAUGUGCCCUGAGCUGACAGAUAAAGAACCAAAGAUGAUAUGGUUGUCUUAUAAAGAACACUGCUAUGCAUUUAUAACUAUUAAAGAAUCAUGGAACACAGCCUCUCAAAUCUGUAUGACAAGAGGAGCUAAUCUUGUUAGCAUUAGAGAUCCACUGGAGGGCAGGUUUAUAGAAAACUACGUCAGGUUGCUAAGCAGUUCUGACAGCAAUUUCUGGAUAGGCCUUUUUAUGACCCGUCAAGGACACUGGUUGUGGCAGGACAACAGUGUGCUGGAUUACAUUAACUGGCAUCAAUCUGCAGAUGAUUAUACAGAUUAUUUUUCUACAUAUGACACAUGUGCAUCCAUCUCAAGCAGUACCAAACAGUGGGAAAAAUACAACUGUGAAGAACGUGCAUCAUUUAUCUGCAAAGCAGUCAAAGUUAUAAAACCAACCACAAUAACUACACUUCCAGGUGAUGGUGAAGCUCAAAAGACAUUUGUUGGAAUGUCAGUGGUUGUGAUCAUUGCAGUGCUGUGUGUCCUGGCUGGGUUUACUUACUUCUUCUACAAAUGGUCCCACUCCAGUUCUUACACUGUAGCUUCCAUGUCUGGGAAUCCAAUGUAUUACCGUACAGUAGUACCGGUACCAGAGGAGAAAGAUACUGAAACCUUAGUCAAGCAAAUGGAGAAUAAUGAUGAGCCCCCUAUUUUGUAAUUUCUGUACAUACAUAUUGUGAAAAUGGGCGAUGAUUCCUGUUCAUUGUGUGUGUUCUAUGUUAUGACUCCUUGUUCUCAGUUACGUUAUUAAUUUUUGUGCUUGUUUUGGGUAUUGCACACUUUAUUACUUGCUUGUUGUUUUGUCUUUAAUCUCCUUGUUUCCUUUCUUUAGUUAUGCAUUCCAGUUUUGUUUCAUUGUCUGACCUCUGACCCUGAACCUUACUUCUGGUCACUGUACUGGAUUUGCCCUUAAUAAACAUGUUCUCUGCA